GCAAGCGUGCCACGCGCCAGCGUCCGGUUUGAAAACAUGGCGCCAGGCCAGCGGUUGGUUUUGUGCGAAGAAACUGUACGGGAGCGCAGCGGCCUGGGUCCCCACCGCGACCUGGCUGAACUUCGAUCUUUAUCUAUUCCUGGAACAUACCAAGAGAAGAUUACUCACCUGGGGAACUCUCUGAUGCAUUUGACAGCUCUAAAAUCCUUAGACCUCUCACGUAACUCCUUGAUUAGUCUUGAGGGCAUACAGUAUCUGGUCUCCUUGGAGAGUCUCAAUCUCUACUACAACUGUAUUUCUUCAUUAGCAGAAGUAUUUAGGCUCCACACCCUAAUGGAGCUCCAGGAUGUGGACUUCCGGCUUAACCCAGUUGUUAAGAAUGAGUCUGACUACCGCCUGUUUAUCGUGCACAUGCUCCCAAAGCUGAGACAGCUAGAUGACCGCCCUGUGAGGGAGAGUGAGCGGAAGGCUUCACAGCUUCAUUUUGCCCCAGAAGAUUCACUGAACUCAAAGGAGAACUUCUCAGCCACUCUGACAGUUGGAAGACCACACCACCUCAGAAACAGAGGUACUGAGACCUCGGCCAAAAAAUGCUUGGUCAUGGAUGCUGAUGAUGAGGCUGUCCUGAACCUCAUUGCCGAGUGUGAAUGGGACCUCAGCAAUCCUCCUGGGAACAUGAGCUCCAGCCAAAAGGAACAUGAAGCUGACCUCCGUUAUGCCCAAGAGUCCAGACAUCUGUUGAGUCCUUUGUCAAUCCAGCACCAAUGUGGGGACUCAGCAAGGCGAGGCCAUGAGAAGAAGAAAGUCACCUCCAGAGGGUGUCCAGGUCAUUCACCACAGGACCAGCUCUGUGGGGAGCUCCCCCCACAGCAUGGCUUGCCAGAAGCCUGCCAUAUGCAUGUACAGCAUGCCCGAAUUACUUCACAGCCAGACUCUGUGGAUGUUGACGACUGUGCUUCAUCUUCUCAGAAGUCAACUUUGUCAUCACAGAAAAUAAUAAAUCCUUUGCCUGUCCCUGAAAAGCACAGGAAGCGAAGGAUGCCUGGUGGGAGAUUCCAGGUGCCUUCAGACCGGGAGUGUUUGAGCUUCCUAGAGAGGGCUGACGGGCCCUCCAGCCUUGAGGACAGUCUAAGCAGACAGGAUGGCUUGGAGGGCCAGAGUCAGGUGGCCCUGUCUCACUCUGAGGCUUUGGAGGCUGAAGAGCGGACAUCUCAUGGCACAAGUGACCCCAGAGUGCUGUCUCCUAAACUCGGCUCAGCAGCAGCGCCAGAGCGGAGGUCCACUCUGGAAGUGGCACUUUUGGAGGCGCUCCUCGACCUGAUAGACAGGUGCUCAAGUGGCAGUGGAUCCCUGCAUGGCAAUGAGGCCUUCCUUGCUCAGGCCAGGCAUGUUUUGUCAUCUCUUCAAGAGUUCACAGCAACUCGGGACAGUUCAGCACUUGAAAAGGAAGGGCUUGGUUACCUAUCUCUUGAAAAUAAGACUCUGCAGAGCCGCCUUACUGAGCAGCAGCAACAGUACAGUGCUACAGUGACCAAACUGACAGCAGAGCUCAAUAAUACAAAGAGGGAGCUGGACACAUUGAGACAACAUUUGGACAAAUCAUUGGAAGAGAAUGACAACUUAAAGUCUCUUCUGUACAAUGUGAAAAAAGAAGUAAAGAAUGCAGACACUUCAGCUGCACUAACUUUGCAGAUCGCUGGACUUCAGGCAAGUAUGAAGCAGCUCUCUGAGGAAAUUGUGGAGCUGAAGCAACACGUGGAGCACUAUGACAAGAUCCAGGAGCUCACACAGAUGCUGCAAGAGAGCCACAGCUCCCUGGUCAGUACCAAUGAACAUCUCCUGCAGGAGCUGAGCCGUACACGGGCACAACAUAGAGCUGAGGUAGAGCAGAUGCACUGGAGCUUCCAGGAAUUUAAGAAGACUACGACCCUGAUCCCUCGCCGUAGCUCCCAACUUGGUGGCCGACAGUCCUGCUAGUGAGCUAUACUCCCCUCCAUCAGGUAUAGCCCCAGGGUUGCACUUGGGCAUAUAUCUAUCUGAAUGCCCUUGUGAGACUUUAAUUACCUUAGAAUCCUCAAAAUAUAUUCAUAAGUUCAGCUUGUUUAUGUGUCCUAAAUUGAUGUAGUUGACCCGAGGGCUUCAUGUUUGAGAAGUUUUGUUAAUUACACAUUCUGUUGUAAAGUACCUGCAUUAUUUUUUUCUUCCCAAUGUGGAAAAGUUUUGUAUAAUUAAAACAUUUUCAUGUGAUAAGAAUUCCUUAUUUAAAUAAAUAACAUAUUGCUAUGUUUAAAAAGUUAACUUUUUAAAUGGCACCUUAUAAAUUAUAGCAGACUUCCUUAUGGAAUUCUUCCAUAAAACAAGUUAUACAAAGUGAGCAGAAAAAAAUAAGUUCCAAGUUGUAAUAAAGAGUAACACUUAUAGAUGUGACAAACAUCUUAAGAAUUUGUAUGGUAUUGUCAUAGUAAAACAAAUAAACAAAUAAAAAACCUCCCCA